CACCCAGCCAUGGCUCCUAUUCGUACAUCGAGGGUGUUGUGGUCAAUGCACCUUACUGUAAUGCUCCGACUAUACAAUAAUAUUGAUCCUUUGGCCGAGGCACUACAGCUGAAGGGGUCGUUGUGGGCACGGGUACUACAGAUAUGUACCCCAGAGUUUAACUACUCAUCGCCCUUUGAGGCUACUGACGAAAUGAAAAGAGGAUUUGAUGAGAAGGGACAUGUUAUAAUCCGCGGUCUGCUGGAGCCCGAUGAGCUGCAGAAAGUGACCCGUGCCUUCGAGGACAGUGAAUACAUCAAGUCUAAUGCAUAUUCGACAAGUGACGGAACCGGAAGGAAGUCUCGCGUGGCAUGUUGGAAACAACCAGGUGAUGACGUCACAGGUCUUGUCACGCGCAGUGAAAGAGUUGUAAGGACUUGUGAAAAGCUGCUGGGGGGCGAGGUGUACCACUACCACUCCAAGAUUAACAUGAAGGAAGCAAAGACUGGGGGUCAGUUUGUCUGGCACCAGGACUACGGGUACUGGUACCAAAACGGGAUCCUGUUCCCUGACAUGAUCAGCGUCUUCAUCGCUCUGGAUGCCAGUGUAAAGGAGAACGGCUGUCUGCAGGUAGGUGUGACAGUCUGUCCCUCAGAGGUGGCGGUCUCCAUGCAAGAGCGACAUUUCCAUCAGGUCAUUGCCAUCAGGAUAAUGCCAUCAGGACUGCGAGUGCUGAGGGUGUUAUUCUCAUUACGGAAUGUCAUUGUGCCCCACUAUUUGGUGCUUGUAGGGGACGCAGUGUUCUUCCACUGCAAUGUCCUGCACACCAGCAGCGCCAACGUGAGCGACAGACGCCGCUGGGUGUUCAUCUCCUGCUUCAACAGAGUCUCCAACAAAGCGACCACUCAACACCAUUUCCCGUCGAGUGGAAAACUGGACAUUGUGUGUGACUCGGCCAUCAGGAACUGCACAAACCUCACAGACAUGUCUGCUAAAGACUUCCUGGACCCCAAGGACAAUGUGCUGAUUGCAGCUGCGCGAUAGAACUGAAUCCAGCAGGUCUACUCCUUCGUUCAUAUUGGACCCAAGACAAACUCUGUAACAACAUUUUCUGCAGUGGAAAUCAAUGUUACAGUUGAAUGUUGUUCUUUUUUUAAUCAAAUUGCCUACAUUCCAUGUUUUAUUCUUAUGAAUUAAAUUUAAUUCUUAGAAUUAAAUAUAACAUUAA